CAACUCAUCGCAACGUCUGCAUCUCAUCGCGUGCCCCUCUCCCCCAUAAGUCAUGGACAUUGUCGCCUUCCUGCUCACUACCCUGCCCCUCGCUUCCCCUUCCUCAUCCUCCUCCUGCCUUCCCUCCUCUUCCCUCUGCCUCCUUUCCUUCUUCCGCCCUCUCUCGCUGCAGCUCUCGUCGCUCUUGCCCUUGAAGCACAAUUCAACGCCGGGGCUAUUCUCCCGAACCCGUCGCCUCCCAGUUUCUUGGACUGUGUGCUGGUGAGUCGGCGAAGGGCGACGUACCCUGACAGAGACGUUAGUUCAGUUGCAGUAUGCGUUGGUACAGCUUUGAUGUGAUAAAAAGAUGCAGCCUCAUUGCGGUGUUCUUGAUUUUGCGAUGAAUGGAACGAAGUUAAUUGACGGUUUGAAGGGCUUGUCUGCCGGGCUUGCUUCACUCAGUAGUGAUCUCUCCCUACUUCAUCGACGCCGAAUGCUCAUGAGCGCGUGCGAUGGAAACAAGACACACAGACCGUUAAGAUUCUCAGAGCUAAGUUUCACUGUGAUCACUAAUUGUGACUGCAUCACGGCGCAUAUUUUUCUGUGGAGCGUAAUACCUUAUCAUAAGAUUUUAAAGAACAGAGGAGCAAUCAAGAACCUUCUGUAUUUUAUGGAGAUUAUCGAAUAUAUUUAACGGGUUACGGUACUGCAAUUGGCAAGUGCUGUAGACUUUCACAUUUUGGUUAAAGAGGCGCUUCUAAGUAUGACGUUCGACAAUGACUUGUCGCAAGACGGGUCUCUCCAGCAGUUUUCUGAGCUUUGGGGCAGUUCACGAUUCACACAAAGGCAGAGUUCUCUUGGAGGGGAUCAUGCAGAACAUUAUCUAGACCCACGUAACCUGAGGAACCAGCUGGAUGGAGCUCCUCUGCCCAAGAUUGAGGAUGAAGCGAGAAAAGGGAAGGAUCAUCUGAGGGACUCAGAAGAUGAAGAUCAUCACCGACAUCUUCUUGAAAAUGAGGGCAGCGAUACAAGAGCUUGUGGCCCCCCUACUUGGCUAAGCAGUGCUCUGCUAAGGCAGCAAGCUGAUCAAUCGCUCGAUGGUACUGAAAAUUGCCAGAGUGAAUCAGAGAAAUGGUGUCCUGUUUGUUCAGCCAACGGCCGACAAUCGUGUGUUUGCAACACACGAAUGCAUGCGGGCGACGGUAAUGCUACGUCAUUUCUAAAUCAGAAUACGUACACUCAUUGGUUAUCCAUGCAGGGUACUGGCAUGCAUGGUCCUGGUCAUGAACAUCGACCAGGCCCCGAACUUGAUGGGAAGGAUAAUGACUUCGGUGUUGAUCGGCCGCAGUUUCGAAUGGCUACAGAGCUGAAUCUUUCAGCGGCACACGGAAGAGAUGGACAGAGGUUUCUGGAGUUGCAUCCUUCGUUGGGUGGGGCAAGAUAUGCUGGAGAUUAUGGCAGGACUGAUUGGGACGGUGCAAGGCAUAAAGCGGAAUGGGAGGAGAUUAGAAACCGAGCACUGAUAGUAAAUCAUCCCUUGUAUCCAGAAAUGCUCAUGAAUCAUGCGGCUUGCCUUCGAGUUGGGACCCCUGUUGAUCAACUUCCAAGCAUUGAAGCCCAAUUGGCUCAAGCACCUAAUAUCAUUGAGAAGUACAGAGCUCUCCACGACCAAGUUGACAUCACAGAAGACGAGAAAGUGGAGCUUGACCGCUUCAUGACCGAAUAUACAGCCCUACUGGGUGAUUUCAAGGACGUAUUGCAACAUCAUGUCUACACAGACGUAGCAGAAGCAAUGAUAGGAUGCUGGGAGCUGGAACAAGCGCUUCAUGCUCUCACUGGAGUAUCUCCGGGAGAAGGAUCGGGGGCAACUAUGUCAGAUGUUGAUGAUGACCAGGAUUAUGACAGUGACUAUGCCGGUACUGCCUACGACCAAAGCAUGGAUUAUCAUGACAGUGGGGGCUAUGGUCCUCUUGUGCCAACUGAAACGGAGCGUAGUUUAAUGGAGCGGGUGCGCCAGGAGCUCAAGCAUGAACUCAAACAGGGCUACAGAUCUAAAAUAGAGGACGUUCGUGAGGAAAUUUUGCGCAAACGGAGGGCUGGGAAGUUGCCUGAGGGCACUACAACUGUCCUCAAGGCGUGGUGGCAAGCACAUUCGAAAUGGCCCUACCCAACGGAGGAUGAGAAAGAACAAUUAAUACAGGAGACAGGAUUGGAGCUCAAGCAAGUCAACAACUGGUUUAUAAACCAGCGAAAGCGAAACUGGCAUAGCAACCCCCUCGUAUCCUCAUCAGAUAUGAAGAAUAAAGUACGAAAGAGCUGGUGAUGACGUAAGAUCAUGAUUGAGCAACAGCGGGGAGAGGCUUUUGAUGUUUCGGUGGUCAAAGCUAUUUGGGAUCCACAGAGCACUUAGAAUUGGCUGAAUAGAAUGGUCAAUCUGGACAUUGUGGAAGUGCUCACUUUUGAAAAUAGAAUGAUUUAAUAACUAAAAAUAUGAGCUAGAGAUGACCUUGAGGUGCUCUUUCUCAGCCACUUUCAAGAGUAUGCUAGUGUGUUCUGCGUCUAGUACAAGAUGUGAAGCCGUUCUUCAAAAAUUCUUGAUUCAAGAACGAAACUGGAUGCACCAAUCAGUGGCCCCGGCUAUUAUUUGAAAUCCAAACUAUAUCUUCAACA